CUCCCGCUCCUCCUCCUCCUCUUCCUCCUUCCCGUUGUCACUCACUGGAGAAACACGCGUUUUCUGGUGUAACACGCCGGCCCCGGUUCCUCACCGACAGCACUCCAAAACGCCGCAAACGUGUUGAGUGUUUGACUUUGACACUAGGUCGAGGUUAGCACUUUCAGUAAGAAAGACGAUGUCUAAGAAGAUCCCCCAGUGCACUGUCGAGGAUCAGGCCGAGCUCAGUCAGCCUCCCAGCCCUUGCCAGGUGGAUCAACCUGCAAUGUCGGCAUUUGGCGGCAGGAGCAAGGCUGAACAGAGAAACGGAGAGACAACAUCCUCAUCGCCGGAGAGCGGCAGCCUGAACGGCGACGGGAAGCGCGGCGGGAAAAGCCGCCGCCGCAAGAAACGGUCGUCUAACUCGGAGAGCCACGCAGAGGAAGACGCUGACAAGAGCAAGCAGGGCGAGAAACCGGAGAAGCGGACCAGCCAGCCCCCUGACCCUCACGCCGGGCUCAUGGGUCUGCGGUCGGAGUGUGCCAACGUGUGGUUCGAACGGAGCGUCUACGAGCAAGCCGAGAGCCUCUACCAGCGCCGGCUGGUGAACUCUUCCAACGGGACCACCAAGUCCAACCGGCCGCCUCCGUCCUCAAGAAGACACUCAAACUCUCCGUCCCCUGCAUGUCCGUCCUCACCCGGGCCGGCGUGUCACCACGGAGACCAGGUGGCCUGCCACCACGUGGUGGAGACGGUGUGGGUAAAUAAGUCCACCUUUGAUCAAGCAGAAGGUCGCUUCGUUGAAGGGUCCGCGCAGCCAUCGGUUCCCAACUCUCUGGACUUCCCGGCCCCGCCGAACUGCUCCACUGCUCCCAGGACGCCUGACGAAGGGUACCAGUCUCUCGCCCCGACUCCGGCCACCCCUGUCAUCCAACAAGCGACCAUCGCGUCGACCGCCCGGCAAUCGAUCAACGGACUCCCCCGCAUCCCGGUGGAGCUGCUCCGCGACGUGUGGCUAGAGAAGCCGCUUUAUGACCGCGCCGAGGCAACCUUCUACCAGAAUCUGUACGGUAACAAUUCCUCCAAACGCCCCGGCUGCUCCUCCACCUCCAGAAGUAGCGACCACCCCCAAAGCCUCGUCGAGGAGGAGGAGGAGGAAGAGGAGGAGGAGGAGGAGGAGGAAAUGGUAGCGGAGGAAAAACAGGCCGUUCCACAGGGUAAAGCUGAGGUCUUCCACGCCCUGCACCCGAUCCAGGAGGAAGAGGAACCGGUCGAGGUCCCGGAGAAGGAGGAGGGCUCGGCAUCAGGAGUUCAGUACUUCCUCCAUCCGGAGAGCGAGCGGGUGUGGCUUGACAAGUGGCGCUACGAUGCUGCGGAGAGCCGCUUCCAUGCCUGUUGUGGGGAUAAACCCGUUGCGGUGAAGAAGAGUCGGAGGCCUGAAGCCUCAUCGAUUGCCUCCACUGCCCCACCCAGGGACAAAAAAAUGAGCUCCGCAGACUUUUUGGCUCAAGAGAAGAUCUGGUUCGACAAACCCCGCUAUGACGAUGCAGAAAGACGCUUCUAUGAGCGCAUGAACGGCUCGUCACAGGCCGCACAGGACGUCGGAGCAAACUCCAUCCUGCAAGACAUUGCUCGAGCCCGGGAAAACAUUCAGAAGUCUCUAGCAGGGUUGAAGACUACGCUGUCUAACAGAGGCUCCGCUCAGCCUUCCCUAAGCCAACAGUGCCAGCUCAACGCCGCCGGCCCUGCGAGCGGCGGCGCUGCGGGUGACCAAGGCGAACUGAGUUCUCGCAUCAAGAGUCUGGAGCUGGAGAACCAGAGUUUACACAAAGUGGUGGAGGACUUGAGGGCGGCUCUUUCCAAACUGGAGUGUCGGGUUUCAGUUCUGGAAAAAUCUCCAGCGGCUGCGUCUCCAGCUACGGCGCCUUCAGUCCCCUACACAAACGGCACAGCGGUCCAGCAGAAGACCAGCGCCCCAGUCCAAGACGAUGAUGAUGAGGAGGAGGAAGACGACGACGAAGACUUUGAUCUGUUUGGCAGCGACGAGGACGAAGAAGCCGAGAAACUGAAAGAGCAGAGGUUGAAAGAAUAUGCAGAAAAAAAGGCCAAGAAGCCCGCGCUCAUCGCCAAGUCCUCCAUCUUGCUGGACGUGAAACCCUGGGACGACGAGACGGACAUGGCGAAGCUGGAGGAGUGCGUGCGCUCGGUGCAGGCCGACGGCCUCUUGUGGGGGACGUCCAAACUCAUCCCGGUGGGCUACGGCAUCAAGAAGCUGCAGAUCGCGUGCGUGGUGGAGGACGACAAGGUGGGGACAGACCUGCUGGAGGAGGAGAUCGUCAAGUUUGAAGACUUUGUCCAAAGUGUCGACGUAGCGGCUUUCAACAAGAUCUGACCCCGCUGCGUGCUUUUGCCGUCCUUCAUUUCCGCCUUGUUUCUCUGCUGAUUGUAGGGGUGUGACGGUUCCGACCCGGCGGUAAAACCUCGACUCGAGAAUAAAGUGUCCAUCCCAGACAUUGGUUGAAGCCCCCCCUCCCUCUUUGAGGUGAACCGUUACACCCCUAACUGUGAUUGUGUCAACGGUUAAGAAGAAUAAAAUCAAACUCUUGC